AAGAUGGCCACAAAUGCAAUAAUAGAGCUGGCGUCGGAUCGCGUAGAUUGGACUGCAUUGGCCGAUAACCAAGAGCAACUCCCACGCAUUUAUACGCCCGGCGAGGUGCUGAUGCCAGAGGCAGGCUUUAUGCGCGGCCAUGGCACCUUCGUGGAAGACGAAAACAUAAAAGCCUCAGUGGCAGGCGUGAUUGAGAAGGUGAACAAGUUGAUAUCGGUGCGACCGCUUAAGAGUCGUUAUGUGGGCGAGAUCGGCGAUGUGGUAGUUGCACGUGUAUUGGAAGUGGGUCAAAAACGUUGGCGAGUUGACACAAAUUCACGCUUGGACUCAUUGCUGCUACUUUCUUCAGUAAAUCUACCAGGUGGCGAGCUAAGGCGGAGGUCGGCAGAGGAUGAACAGAUGAUGAGACGUUAUCUGGACGAAGGAGAUUUGAUAUCUGCCGAAGUGCAGAAUGUCUUUGAGGAGGGCACAUUGUCGCUAUACACCCGCAGUUUAAAAUAUGGCAAACUAUCCCAGGGCAUACUGGUCAAGGUUUUCCCAGCGCUUGUCAAACGGCGAAAGAUGCAUUUUCAUAAUCUGCCAUGUGGAGCGUCCGUCAUUCUAGGCAACAAUGGCUACAUCUGGAUAUCGCCCACAAAGACCGACGAACAGGUCGGCGGCGAGGGUGGCUUCGCUCAGAACUUGACGGAGGUGGUGCCACGAAACGAACGCGAGGUUAUAGCACGCCUACGCAACUGCAUCCUGGCACUGGCCAAGUGUAAACUGAUGUUAUACGAUACAAGCAUUCAAUACGCUUACGACGAGUCGCUGAAAUACGAAUCCCGUGAGCUACUUCAGCAGCAUGUAAUCUUCGAUAUUGGCGAGCAGACGCAGGCUCGGCUCCGAGAUGUCGAUCUUAUGGAAUGAUGCAAGGGCCACAAUAAAAUAUACAUAUUCGA